AGACAAACAGACGGAACAACGUGCGUAUGUGUGUGAUAUUUUGACAGUUUUUAAAUCAAAUCAAAUAUGAUAGCAAAGUUCAUUCUGUCUAAUGAAAAUCUUUUGUAGAAAAUAAAAACAACAAUCAAUAGUGUUUAGUUUAGUGCUUUUAUUUGCCGAUCCCUUCUUUUGUUUUUUCAUUAUUAUUUCGGUUAUUUCUCUUGUUCAUCUUGUACUGUAGUUUAAUACUAAACAAGGUCAAACACACAGUGUAGAUAGUGUUAAUUUUCUGUAUUGUUUCCGUGGACGCAGAAUUUUUUUUUUUUUUGUUAUCAUUUUGUGAUCACAUUAUGUGAUUUAUAUUGAAAGUGGUUGGCGAUUCGGUCAUUCACUCUUUCUCUUCGUACGAUCAGCACCGAUUACUAUUGGAUACGUGUCGCAUCUAUUUUCAAUUGGAUCCGGUUGAUGAAAGUGGACGGAAUACGCACGAGAAAAAAAAAUACAUUUUCUAUGUGGCAAUUGAGAGAGGCGUAAAUGCAACAGCUGUUUGCAUCCAAAUCACGGAGACAUCGAGCUGAAAUGAUGCAAAGAUAAAAAAAAAAAUCAGAUUAAAUCAGAUUAAUCAAAAUUUAGUGUGACAAACAAAUGUAAUAAAAGAAAUUACCUGCAAAAAAGAGCAUUCCGUGCUUUCAUCCCCGGAAACAAAGCAAACGCACAACCAAAUUACAAGUGUAUAAAAUCAAGAUAAAAACCAGUUUAUAUUUCGUGGGCGGAACAUACUUUCGUCAUAUGAAUUCAGUUGAAUUUUGCAUUAGAUGUGAAUAACAUAGCUACGGAAACAAUAACAAAAUUAUUGAUAACAAACAUUCCAGUCAAAUAAAAUCAAUGUUCAGUUGUUGAUUGUUUUUGCUUGGAAUUUUCUCCAUUUGUACUCGACCCAAUUGACCAAGCAGUGACAAUUAUCAGAAAAUGAUAAUUUUUUGAUUUCGAUAAAUAAAACGAGAAGUUCAACAUUUUGCCGCCAUGGGCUCCGUAACAGACGACGAAAGCCAACGGCUUACGACAAUGGACAAGACCACCAUCGAAGGUUCGUCAUCGCGUAAUUCUCCGGGCGCUGUGAACAAUUUGCAGGCGAUCAGCAAAAUGGAGGAGCGCCAAAGUUUGUUGGAACGUGUGACUGCAUCGGUACGAUUGCCAAUCAAUGGCAUGACCUGUCAGUCAUGUGUUAAAAAUAUUGAAGGAAAUAUUCGAACAAAACCCGGUGUGGUGACUAUUAAAGUAAAUCUACAGGAAAAAGCUGGCUACAUUGACUAUGAUCCACAAAUUACCGAUCCACGUCAAAUUGCAUCUCAAAUCGAUGACAUGGGCUUUGAUUGCGAAUAUUUACCUGAUGAAGACGAUGAAAUUGCGGCUCGCAUUGUUGAAAUCAAUAAAACGAAGGUGGCUAACGCACGUAUUUCCAUCGAUGGCAUGCGAUGCCAAAGUUGCGUGAAAAAUAUCGAAGGGAAUAUUGGAUCACAGCCGGGUGUUAAACAGAUUAAAGUGAAUUUAGAGGAGAAAAUGGCCAUCGUUGAGUAUGAUAGUGAGGUGUGUACGGAUGAAGCGGUCGCCGAAAUGAUCAACGAUAUGGGAUUCACGGCAACCGUUGCCAAUGACAAUGCGAUCAAACACGAAAAGACUGACAUAAUUUUUAGCAAGAAAGAUAACACUGGCCGCAAAUCCGUAUCAGAGACGUUGGUAUUUUUGGGUGCGAAUGACAUCGAUUUGGAGAAUAAUCGUGGUGAAUUGCUGGACGAAAACUUGCAAAAAUGCUAUCUACAAAUACAGGGAAUGACGUGUGCAAGUUGUGUGGCUGCAAUUGAAAAGCACUGUAAGAAAAUCCACGGUGUUGACAGUAUUCUGGUUGCAUUGUUGGCGGCCAAAGCUGAAGUAAAAUACAAUCCGAAUGAAAUUUCGGCCAAAGACAUAGCGAAGUCAAUAAGCGAUUUGGGUUUUCCAUCGGAAAUCAUCGAUGAACCAGGCACUGGAGAGAGUAGCAUUGAAGUGGAGAUCAAUGGUAUGACAUGUGCGUCAUGUGUAAAUAAAAUUGAAACGACCAUCAAAAAAAUGCCUGGUGUAAAAGAAGCGGUUGUCGCUCUGACGACAAAACGUGGUAAAUUCCGGUUCAAUACCGAAGAAACUGGUGCACGGAGUAUAUGUGAUGCGAUCAAUGCGCUGGGCUUCGAAGCAAAGUUAUUAUCAAAUAAGGAUAAAAUGGCACACAGCUACUUGGAACAUCGGCAAGAAAUUCAAAAGUGGCGAAAUGCAUUCUUCGUAUCGCUUGUCUUUGGCGGCCCAUGUAUGAUUGCCAUGGUGUAUUUCAUGGUUGAAAUGACGAACAAAAGCCACGAGGAGAUGUGCUGUAUAUUCCUGCCGGGAUUAUCAUUGGAAAAUCUGGUUAUGUUUGCACUAUCGACACCGGUCCAGUUUUAUGGUGGUUGGCAUUUCUAUGUACAGGCCUACAAAGCGGUGAAACAUGGCUCAACGAAUAUGGAUGUGUUAAUAACGAUGGCAACCACAAUAAGUUACCUAUACUCAUUGAUUGUACUUGGAUUGGCCAUUAUAUUCCAGCACAAUACGUCGCCCAUCACAUUUUUCGAUACACCGCCCAUGUUGCUCAUUUUCAUUUCACUCGGCCGAUGGCUCGAACACAUUGCCAAAGGUAAAACAUCGGAAGCAUUGUCAAAAUUGUUGUCGCUCAAAGCGGUCGAUGCUAUUCUGGUGACGGUAUCGGAUACAUUCGAAAUUCUAUCGGAGAAAACCAUUUCGGUGGACUAUGUGCAAAGAGGGGACAUUUUGAAAGUGUUACCCGGCAGCAAAGUGCCGGUCGACGGCAAAGUGAUAUUCGGUUAUUCAACAUGUGACGAAAGUCUAAUCACCGGCGAAUCAAUGCCCGUGCACAAGAAGAAGGGAUCCGUUCUAAUUGGCGGUUCGGUGAAUCAAAACGGUUUAAUUGUUAUGGUCGCUACGCACACUGGCGAAAACACAACGCUCGCACAAAUCGUAAAACUGGUCGAAGAAGCACAAACAUCCAAAGCACCCAUUCAACAGCUGGCCGAUCGAAUUGCCGGCUAUUUUGUACCAUUUGUUAUCGCUAUAUCAACAUUCACGCUAAUCUCUUGGGUGAUCAUUGGAUUCAUUGAUAAGUCAUAUUUACCGAUGACCAUGGCCGAACGGCAUAAUUUAGGCGACAAUGAAAUUAUCAUCAGCUAUGCAUUUCGAUGUGCAAUCAGUGUGUUGGCCAUUGCAUGCCCAUGUGCUUUGGGCUUGGCAACACCGACGGCCGUUAUGGUUGCCACUGGUGUCGGUGCACUUCAUGGCGUUUUGGUCAAAGGGGCUGGACCACUUGAAAAUGCACACAAAGUCAAAGUGUGCGUUUUUGACAAAACCGGCACCAUCACACACGGCAUUCCGAUGGUGUCACGCAUUACAAUGUUUGUAAAGCCAACCAUUUGCUCACUACCACGGGCUCUAGUUGCAUUAGGCGCUUCGGAAUCAAACAGUGAACACCCAAUUGCCAGUGCCGUUGUGAAAAUGUGCAAAGAAAUGCUCGAAACAGAUGUGUUCGGUCGGAGCAGUGAUUUUCAAGCCGUUCCUGGAUGUGGCAUUAAGGUUACAGUAUCAAAUAUUGAUAAUACAUUGAAAAAUGCCGAAAAAACGGAAAAGAUUAUAAAUUAUUAUAAUGCAUACAAUGGCAGUGCACAACAUAGUAAUCUUUUAGUCAAUGGCAUCACAUUCGAAGAGGUCAUCCCGCUGCUGAACCAAUCACAGAAAAACACCAUUGAAUUACAACAAUUAUUGCAAUUGGACGAAGAAAUUCCGGUUGUUAAUAAGGAAGCAUUCGAUGAUGUGAACGAAUUACAAGUAUUGAUCGGCAAUCGCGAAUGGAUGCAUCGUAAUGGGAUUUUGGUGCCGCCGGAGGUGCAUAUGAAAAUGAGCGAUGAAGAAUCAAUGGGCAACACAGUGGUGUUGUGUGCAAUGAACAAUCAAUUGAUUUGUAUGGUAUCUGUUUCGGAUAUGGUAAAACCAGAAGCACAUCUUGCCGUUUAUACUCUGCGCCAAAUGGGCAUCGAAGUAAUUUUAUUGACUGGUGAUAAUAAGAAUACGGCUGCAAGCAUCGCACGACAAGUUGGCAUCAAACGUGUAUUCGCCGAAGUGCUUCCGUCCCACAAAGUGGCCAAGAUACAACACAUACAAGAGAAAGGUAUUCGAGUGGCUAUGGUUGGUGAUGGUGUUAACGAUAGUCCAGCAUUGGCUCAGGCGGAUGUUGGUAUUGCCAUCGCCGCUGGAACUGAUGUUGCUGCUGAAGCGGCUGACGUUGUUUUAAUGCGGAACGAUCUAUUGGAUGUGGUGGCUUGUUUGGAUCUAUCACGACGAACGGUGCGACGGAUACGUUUGAAUUUCUUUUUUGCCAGUAUGUACAAUUUGUUGGGCAUACCGUUGGCGGCUGGCGCAUUCAGUCAUUUCGGUUUGGUGCUACAGCCAUGGAUGGCAUCAGCAGCAAUGGCUGCCAGUUCCGUGUCCGUUGUGUGUUCGUCACUUUUAUUGAAAUUGUAUAAAAAACCAACACUGGCAUCGCUUCAAACGCCCGAAUAUCUACGAGAAUUGGAUCUAAGCGGAUCACUUGAUCUGGACAAUAUUUCAAUACAUCGUGGUCCCGACGAUCUUCCACGACCCAAUUUCAACAGCUCGAAUAGCUCAACACUGUCAAAAUUACAAAAAACUGAAUUAGGGAUUAGUACCUGAAGGUAAGCUUCAAAUUUGUCGACACAUUCAGUCUUGUACAAUGCAUUCCACGACAACAGAGAUCUCUUCAACUCAUUUAUAGCAUAAUAGUGUCGUUCGUCGGUCACACAUAUUUACACAUACACAUGACUACUAAAUAAACAAUAUGAUAAUAAGAACAUCCACCUCUUUUUGGCUUACUCGAGGGCUCAAUAAAAAAAAAACAUUCAAACAAUCACUCAAUUGGAUUAGUAACACUUAAAUUUAUAGCGACAUUUUGUACAUACUCUUCUUAUAUUUCGUAAAAUUUAUUCAUGGAAAAUUUUUAAACAAAAUCAUUGUCCGAAUAUUCUCAGGGUGUGAGAAUAUUGAUACAACACAAAUCACUUGCAGAAUGAUUUUUUAUUCUUUCGGCUAUUUUUUUUCUUCAAGAAUUUCUUCAAAAGAACUAAUUUCUUUGAAUGAAACUAAAAUUUGAAAAAAAAAUUCUAAGAAAAAAAUUUAAGAAAUUUUUCCUUCGAUGAAAGAAAAAAACGUUCUUUAUAACACCAAAAAAUUAGCUUUAAAAACCAUUUCGAUUUAAAUGAACCAAUGUCUUACUGUUAUUUCUUGUUAUUUUCUUUGCCAUUUCUUUUAUUAUUAAAAAAUGUUAUCACGGCCAAAUUAGAUUGUUCAUGUCACAAAAGCGCGGUUUGCAAGAGUCUCCAUUGUUAGCUGCCAACGAUGAUGAAGAAACGUCGACCAUAAUGCCACUUAACCGAUAUGACUGUGGCAAAGAGAAAUUCCGUGAUGUCAUCGAAACGCAGAAACUUUGACACUGAAUUGUCUUCAAGCUGCAAAAUCAUCAAAUCAAAAAUCAACCAAAUAAAGAUCAUCACACGCUACAUUUCAUUCUCAACUUAAAUGCCUUACGACAAAAACCAAUGUUUUCCAGUUCACAAUACCAUUUUCCAUCGUAUAUUGGUAACUUUAUUGAAAUUUCAGAUUGAAUUUAAAACAAAUUCGGUUAAAAUUUCGUUGACAGACAACUUCCCAACCGGUGGAUCAAAUCCGCUGUUUUACAUAUUCGGAAACAAAAUAAGUUUUUUUUUAUUCUUCUAAAAAUGGCGAUUUUGUUUGAACAAAUUCAUAAAUAUUUAGUAAAUAUUAUUUACAAUUGUUUUGCUCAUUUAAUGAAGAAAUGGCCUUUAUACCAUUUAUUUUGCUGUAGUUAGAGCGAGUUAGUUUCUUUUUUUUUUUGAAAAAUUUUCAUGCAAAAAUAUAUUAUUGUAAAUAGAACAAAUGAUGAAUAUUUACUUACUAUCCCGUUUAUAUGUGAAAUUGUGAUAAAGCAAAUGAAAAAAAGGAGAAAAAAAUAAAAAAAAAAUUCCAAAAUAAUGUCGAACUAAA